AAAAAGAGUUGAAAAAAAAAUCGUUUACGAGGUUCGAAUUGGUGAGCGGGUAGGAACGCGCGUAGCGGCUCACUCUGCAACACCUAAGUACCGCUACUACCUGUCUCCUACCUACAGUCAGACUUCAAACCUGGACACUUUCAGACGUAGGAUCAACCUAACUGUAAAACCAAAGUUCUCAUUUCGACAUUAUCGGUAGUGACAAUUUUUAACCGAAACAUUUUUUUUCUAAAGAGAUUUUAAAUUUGGACUUUUCUUGAUACAUUGUUUUUACGUGAGCAAAGACUUUUUUUGUAGGCGGCUGGCACUGAACUCAUUUGAAUACUUGAUUUACCAGUGCAGAGACGUUUUCACUUGAUAAGAUAUGGAGGGAUUAAUAGACAGUUUGAAUAAGGAUAAGUGGCAGGAGGUAUCCCGGGAUAAAAAAUCAGACGGUUACCAAGAGUAUCACGUGAACCCUCACGCCCACAAGAAGCUGGACAACGGAAUCUUCGUCUACAUGAUCGAAAACGACCUCAUAGACCCCAAGAAGGUCACCUUGGAGUUUGCCCAGAAGGAUCCCAUCAAGCAAGUCGCGCUGCUGGAGAUUAAACUCAACGAUGACGGCACUAAGAUCGUCGGCCUUGACCUGGAUGGCGACAUCGUGGAGCUGAAAUAGUUUCCUUGUAGAUUAGAAACGAAUUUUUGUUUUGUUUCAUUUCAUUUUCUUAAGUUGUUUCUUUUUGUAUUUUUAAAAGACCGGCUUGAACUUGUUAUGCCUCUAUGUGGUUAGGUUGCCCUCUUGUUAAUGUCCUAGACAUAAUGCACUACGUGCCCCAUGAGCAUAGAGACUACACAGAAUGCUGUUGAGGAAUCUAAUCAAGAUAUUUUAAAGCAUAAAGACUUCCUAUAUAUCAUUUCGAAGUUUUCACGUGUGCCCACAUACAACGUAGGGAGAUAUACAAAUUGGAUGUUUUCAAAAUAUGUUCCGAAGAAGAGAUGUUUAUGUAUUAAAACAAUCUGAUAUUUGAAAUAUGUACUCAAGAUGUUUUGAUCUCAAAAACAAAAGGGAAACAAUCAUCCUCAAACAAGAGAGACAAUCCUGUAUUAAAAAAUUUGGCAAAUAAAGCGUUCAAAAUGAAUUGAUAUAUUUUGUGCUAUGCAUGCUUCGAAUAUAUUGUGCCACAAUUAUGAACCCUUAUGCACCCACAGGUUUUUUUUAUUGCCUUUUCUUUUUAUGUUUUCCCUAAACCCCCUUUUUUUUCUCUUCCCCAGUAUUAUUGAAUUAUUUAAACGCGUGGAUUCCCUACCAUCUGAUCAAACAUUAUCCUAUCCAUGUUUGUGUGACUGCUUUGAUGUGGCGUUGAAUGGAGUCAUUGUCAUAAGCUAUUCCUGUUCAUUUAAUGUGUCAUAUUUAUUGUAAAUGUUCUGCUUCUAGAGUUUGUUUUUCAAUUAUCGUGUGAAUGUUUAAGGUAAAGACUAGAAAUAUCGUAGGUCUAGAGCCAGGAUAAAUUAGAAUAAUCUAUUACUCCUUACAACAAGAAAUUACAAUUGGCCUACUUAAUAUUGGCGAUUCAACCUAUGUUUAGCAUGCAUAAAGGAAAUUUAUUAAAAUAAAAAUUGUAUUAUUAUUACACGUUAAUUAAUAAGGAACUGAAAAUGUAUCUCCCCUUUCAGCGUUUUUGUUUCAAUGAUUUUGAAGGAUAUGUAUUUAGUUGAAUGAUCUGCUAUACAAUCACAAAAACUUCCAUGCCGUGGUGGCAAGCUGGAUGAAUGUACUGUUAUUGAACGUAAACAACCUUAUACCGGACACAAUGCCACAAUACAACUAUAAACUGGUAAUAGAAGAAUGCCCAGUAACAUAUAAAUCUAUUAUAUUUAGAGAAUGUGAUUGUUCCCUUUUUCAAUACGCUCCAUUAUGCAUACUAAGUAAAAUACGUUUACAUUUCAAUCAUUCUUUUCGAGUAGGGUUCAAUAAUGAGAUACAAGGGAUCUGUGUCUGGUUUAUGAUCCCGCUACAGUGUUACCAUGAACUGGCCAUUGUUUCUAGAAUGGCAUGAAUGUUGUCGAGUUUGGGAAUAAAACGGAACAUGUACGUUUGACUUCAGUUGAAGUCCAGUUCUAUUAGGUCAAGCAUGGAACGGCGUGAGAGAUGGAAUAUGAUGAGCAAUGAGCAAUGCCUUCUUAUUGAACUGCGGGGAAUAAACCUGUCCAAUGAGCCUUGCAUGAACUAGAAUACUUAUUGAGAUUGAAUUGUUGUAGGCCUAUCUAUGUAUGUAAUGGUAUGAAAAUAACAACUUUCUGUCCUGGUUUUAUGAUAUCUCGGUCUUUCCGUGGCGGACAUUGUCGUUCAUUGUGUGAUAUUAAUACAUCUUUUAUAUCAACAAUCAAA